AUGGGAGCCGCGACUGCCCCGACGAAGCGGAGCCGCGGCCCCAGCAAGAGGCAGGAGGCCAUGAUGGCGCGCGCGGGCUCGGAGGCGCGGCGGCGGCCGCGGCUGGUCGGGUACGAGGAGCUGCCGGAGUACCUCAAGGACAACGAGUACAUCCGCGGGCACUACCGCGCCGAGUGGCCCAUCCGCGACGCGCUCCUCAGCGCCUUCGCCUGGCACAACGAGACCCUCAACGUGUGGACGCAUCUCGGAGGGUUCCUGUUUUUCCUGGCGCUCGCGGUCGCCGGAGGAUGGACGGAGGCCGCCGACGAGGCGGCACCGGGGAUCAUGAGGUUCGUGGUGAGAUCGGCUAAUGCUUCAUGGGGCAGCCACCAUUCAGGCCUGCCGAGGCACGACGCCGGGGCGUCUCUGUCCGGCGUGCCGCGGUGGCCGCGGAUGGUGUUCCUGGUGGGCGCCAUGUCGUGCCUCGCCAUCAGCGCGACGGCGCACCUGCUGGCGUGCCACACGCGGCGUGCCAGCGUGGUGUUCUGGCAGCUGGACUACGCGGGCAUCUCCGUGAUGAUCGUCGCCUCCUUCGUGCCGCCGGUGUACUACGCCUUCCUCUGCCACCCGCCGGCGCGGGUGGCCUACCUGUCCGCGAUCACGGCGCUGGGCGCGCUCGUGGUGGCCGCGCUGCUCUCCCCGUCCUGCUCGUCCCCGCGCUACCGGCGCCUCCGCGCCGCGCUGUUCCUGGCCAUGGGCCUGUCGGGCGUCGUCCCGGCGCUGCACGCGCUGUGGCUCAACUGGGGCCACGCCGCCUGCUACCUGGCGCUCGGCCUCGAGGUCGCCAUGGGCCUCGCCUACGCCACGGGCGCCUGGUUCUACGUCAGCCGCGUGCCGGAGAAGUGGCGACCCGGGGUGUUCGACGUCGUCGGGCACAGCCACCAGAUCUUCCACGUGCUCGUGCUCGUCGGCGCCGUCACGCACUACGUCGCCGUCGCCGUGCUCAUCCACUGGCGGGAGAAGGUGGCCGUCGCCUGUGGCGCGGCGUCGUAG